AUGUGGACCAAGGAGGAGACAGAUCAACUAUUUGACUUGUGUGAGAGAUUUGAUCUCCGAUUUGUUGUAAUAGCUGAUAGGUUUCCAUCAUCUCGGACUGUAGAGGAAUUGAAAGAUAGAUAUUAUAGUGUUUCCCGGGCUAUAUUGAUUGCUAGGGCUCCAUCUUCUGGGGAUGUUGCAGCACAUCCUCUUGUUAAGGAACCGUAUAAUGUUUCACAAGAAAUGGAGCGAAAACGAGCAUUGUCCAUGGUCCUCUCUCAAACAAGGCAACAAGAACGAAGAGAUGAAGAGGUUCUUGUUGAAGCAAAACGAAUAGCUGAAUCACGCAUUCCUCCCAAGGUUGCUGAAGAGUCUCAGUUGGUUGCUUCUAAUCCUGGUGCAGAAGCUACAGAGAGGGCUAUCCCUGGUGAAACUGUAUCUCCACCAAAUGCGCAACUUCCAUCAAUGGUUACACCUACCGCAUUACCAGAUAAUGCAUCUACUCUAGCUUCUCUUCGCAUGCUUCGUGUAUAUUUGAGAACAUAUGCACUUGAGCAAAUGGUGCAAGCUGCGAAUGCUUCUGCUGGACUUAGGACUAUCAAACGGGUUGAGCAAACUUUGCAAGAUCUUGGGGUCAAUUUGAAACCAAGGGUUCCUACAAAAGCUGUUUGUGCUGAGCAUCUUGAAUUAAGAAGAGAAAUACUAACUUGGCUUAAUCUUCAGAAACAGGUGCAAUAUAAAGAGGCCGAAGGUUCCUCUUUCCGUGAUGGGUCAUAUGGUGAAACACCUGGCACGCCAAAGCUUUUACAUCGUGGUGGGGAUCAGGAUCGGACAUUUGUUCCAGAUUCAAUCAAUUUUGGAGCUGAAAGGGUUGGCAAAAAGGAUCAAAAGCGAAAGGCACCUGGAGCUCCAUCAGCUCAUAAAAGACCUAGAAAACUAAAGGCCUCAGAUCUUUAGUUCCUCAGGUGCAAACCAGGAAAGGUGUUUCGAUUUGUGGAAUUCUUUCAAUCAAAAGUAUGAAUGUUCUGGAAAGUGGUUGGGAACUCAAACACCCUGAAAUUCUGAUUGUGGUGUAUUUAGUCUAACUGUAGUUCGAUUUACUUGGGUCUGCAGUUUUAGGCUAAUGCCACACUUGAUAUUCGAUGUAAAAAGAAAACUGAGAUCCGUAGAAUGAGUCGGAUCUCCCAGCUUAACCAUGUCCUGAGAAGCUUUACUUUAUAUCUUGGGCUGUUAAUGCUGUUAAGGAUACCAGGGACGGAAAAGGCUUCUUGUUUGGAUAUGCAUGUAUAUAAGCUUGGAUUUGGAAUUCCAGGUAUCUUUGAAAGCUUAUGUCGGGAUGUAGAAAUUGGGUGCUAAUGGAACAAGUGUCUUCAUAAAUGUUUCUCGAGAGAAAUGUUAAAAACACUCUUAACUACACUUAUGCAAUGGAAUUUAUUGAAAAUAUCAAUUUUGUGA